AUGGCGUGUAUUGACAUUGCAUCGUGGGGUAUCAAUCCUCCUCACACUCACCCAAGAGCCACCGAGAUUCUCACUGUCAUUGAAGGCUCUCUGGAUGUCGGAUUCGUCACAUCAAACCUUGAUAAUCGUCUUAUCUCAAAGAUUCUUCAGAAGGGUGAUGUCUUUGUCUUUCUAACUGGGUUGAUUCAUUUCCAACGCAACGUUAGGCAAGGUCACGCUGUGGCCAUUGCUGCACUAAGCAGCCAAAAUCCAGGAGUUAUCACUAUGGCUAACUCCAUCUUUGGGUCAAAGCCUAACAUUUUUACAUACAUUCUUGCAAAGGCAUUCCGAGUAGACAAGAGUAUUGUGCAGAAAAGCCAAUGGAGUUUCUAG